AUGGGACCGACACAAACCAAUAUACCAAGUGGCCAGCAAGGAGCAGACGGACAUCAGUCAAUGGGACCGACACAAACCAAUAUACCAAGUGGCCAGCAAGGAGCAGACGGACAUCAGUCAAUGGGACCGACACAAACCAAUAUACCAAGUGGCCAGCAAGGAGCAGACGGACAUCAGUCAAUGGGACCGACACAAACCAAUAUACCAAGUGGCCAGCAAGGAGCAGACGGACAUCAGUCAAUGGGACCGACACAAACCAAUAUACCAAGUGGCCAGCAAGGAGCAGACGGACAUCAGUCAAUGGGACCGACACAAACCAAUAUACCAAGUGGCCAGCAAGGAGCAGACGGACAUCAGUCAAUGGGACCGACACCUCUGAAACAAUCGCUCGCUGGAGCGUACUGCACUUGA